AAAAAAAUCUAAGUUGCUUAAGUUCCAUUUGCUUAUACAUUUCUUUUUUUCCUCAUUGGAAUGAUUUUAUGGCUCCAGAAUUUCAUUCUUGAAAACUUCCUUUUCCUCUUGGUAUGACUUCUGUCAAAUUUUGAUCCAUAGGAUCCUGCCUAUCCUUUUCUCUGAAUCUUUCAAAAUCUUUUCUCCAGUAGCCUUGCAUGCAUGUCAGACUAUGCUCAGUUUUCUUCUCCUUUUUCAAAAUUGAAGUGAUCACUUUGCUCUUGAUUUCCCUCAUAUCUUCUUUAGGACCCGGUUCCUUUUUGGUAAAUGUCUGAUCCAGAAUAGCAGUUUCCCAUCUUCCUCCAUCUUUUUACAGAUGAAGUUAUCAUUAGUGCAAGCUAAGAAGUUAUUAGCUGCGGCUCUGCUUUUUCAGAGCAUGAACUCCAGCAGGAGUCCAGUUGAUGACUACUGCAUUCUCAUUUCACAGUACCAGGCUUGUGAUCUGUUUCCAAAACUUAAGUGUUUCCUCUCUCCACCUGGAUGUUCUGUAGUAGAUUCUGAAUAUUUAUUUCUUUGAGUCUUACAGUUUUCUUUCUGACCCGACAGUAUCUCUGUGUCUAUAUCACCAUUCCCUUGAGGACAAAUAGCUGCUUCCUCCUCACAGGGUCCCCUUCCCUCCUCUUCAGGAAGUGUCAUAUCUGUUACUUAGCUCCAGGUACUCAGUUGUCCUUCCCUUUCUCUUUUGUCACCAUCCUCCUGUCGAAGAUGAGUUUUCUCUGACUUUACAUAUUCCCUUUCUUCAUCUUUGUAUGAAAGCUUUCAGUUUUUUAAGGAAGACUGCAUUCUUCCUGAUAACAGGGAUUGGAGAGGUGUUCCUCAAGGCCCUUUACUUUGUCUUCUAAAAAGGAGACCAACCUGCACUUCGUACAUAGAUAAUUGUCACUUGGCCACGGCAGAAAGACAGAUGUCAUGUGGUCUGUGCAAAUUACUACCAGAUUUUCUGUGCUCUUAUGAAUUGCCAGAAACAUGAGUUUCUUGGACCUUUUUUUUUUUUUUUAAACUAGUUGUGGUCAACUCCCUUGGAGAAUUACUGUGGCCAGUGGGGGUCUUGAAAUCCAAAGUUUUCAUUCUCACCUCUGCAGUAUUAUAUGUAUAUUAUAUACUACUAUAUAUACAAAUAGUGCUAUAUACACCCAACUUCCUUUCCUUUGUCUUCCUAACCUUCUCCUUGAGUCCCCUAUUGUCCUCAGGUCUUCAUUUUUGAGUCUUCGGGUUCUAUUCUUCUUCCUUUCUUCUUUGUCUUGGAGUCCACAUAGCAUAAGUGAUUCUCCUGACUAACCAAACCUUCUAGUCCUGAAGCCAGCUUGUAGCAAGGGGCAGACCCUGCAGUGGAGAAGGUAACUUACUUUCUAUUCUGACUUAGCAAGGCUUCCAGGAUGUCCCCUAGGAAGAUCAUUUGAAGAGAAUUACUCCCUCCCCAUACUAGGAAACAGAGAAAGCCUGCUAUAUAUUUACGGAGCCUUUCCUGCUUCUCUCUAAAACUCCAACCUCUCUUGCUUUGUGAAGAAAAGUCUUUUGUGUGUGGAUGUGUCUACUCUGCCACAUGGGAGAAAAGCCUCCCAAUAAAGAAUGACUCCUCUGACUACCAGGGGUGUGUGUUCUGUGCCAAAGCUUGUACUGAUUAUCAGCAAGAUGCCAUUAUGUUUAUGGUUUCUGAGUUUAGGCAGCCGUCUUCCUCUCAUAAUAACAUAUGCUUUGUAAAUUUUCAUGAUAGUAGUAACUCUGAAGUAUGUGACGCAAUGUGAUUUUAUUGAUGAGAAAACUGAGGUUCAAAGAGGUUGAUAUACCCAGGAUCACAUAGCUAGAAGAUGUCAGAGUUGGGAUUUGAACCAGUCUUCUGAUUCCAAAUCCAGACACAUGAGUGCCACCCCCAUGGACUCCAUGUCCCCAUGCAGGAGUGUCCAAGGAGCAAAACUUUUUUCUGAUCUUUGAGAGGUUUUAAGGAGGUAAACUAUUCAGCUUCAUUCAGACUAAGAUGUGAAUAGCUUAUAGAGUUGCCAGUGGAGUGGAGGAUAGUUGUGUUAUAAGACCGAAGGUUGUAAAUCUAAUGAAUUUCUGGUUAGAGGUUGGACCUAGUCUGUUCUUUAAACCAAAUUUUGAAUCUACCUCUGCAUUAUCUGUGAUAAGCUUUUCCUCUCCCACAGGCCACAUUGGGAGAUCCACAACCUGCCACUCCUUUCUACAUUAUUGUGACACUUCCUAUUGCCUAGAUUCUCAGCCUGGGUGGGCCAUUACACAGACAGAACCUGGGAGCAAAGGGAAGUAACUGUUCUGGCCAGAGGUCUUAAUUCCAGCUGGGAGGACUCAGGACUGGAAGAUGCAGCCACUGCCGUUGGUGUUGGGGGCUCUCUUGGUGGCUGCUGGAUUCCUGGCCAUUCAUGCCUUUACCUCUGAAGAGGUGGAACAAGAGCCCUGCCAAGCCCCAGGCCCAGAUGAGGUAGAACAGCACCUGACUCUGGCCCUGGGCCAGGCACUUCGACUCUGCUGUGGUCGUGCCAAUCGAGGUGGCCACUGGUAUAAAGAAGGCAGUCGCCUGGCACCAUCAGGCCGGGUUCGAGCCUGGAGAGGCCGUCUGGAAAUUGCCACUCUAGUAUAUGAGGAUGCUGGCCUCUACCUGUGCGUGUCGAGAGGAUCUGGCCAAGUUCUGUACAACCUUACCAUCUCUGUCAUAGACUCCCUGGCCUCCGGGGAUGAUGACGAAGACAGUGAUGGCCCCCAUAGGGACUCUCCCAAGGGGCACAUUUAUCCACAGCAAGGCCCCUACUGGACACAUCCCCAUCGCAUGGAGAAGAAGCUGCAUGCUGUGCCCGCAGGCAACACGGUCAAGUUCCGGUGCCCAGCUGCGGGUAACCCCAUGCCCACCAUCCGUUGGCUGAAGAAUGGAGAAGACUUCCAUGGAGAGCACCGAAUUGGGGGCAUCCGGCUCAGACAUCAGCACUGGAGUCUCGUCAUGGAAAGCGUGGUGCCCUCAGACCGUGGAACUUACACCUGCGUGGUAGAGAAUGCCCUGGGGAGUCUGCGAUACAACUACCUCCUGGAUGUGCUGGAGCGCUCCCCACACCGGCCCAUCCUGCAGGCUGGCCUGCCCGCCAACACCACAGCUGUGGUUGGCAGCGAUGUUGAGCUGCUGUGCAAAGUUUACAGCGAUGCCCAACCCCACAUCCAGUGGCUGAAGCACAUCGAGGUCAAUGGGAGCAGCUUUGGGGCUGAUGGCUUCCCCUUCGUGCAGGUGCUCAAGACUGCUGAUAUCAACAGCUCAGAAGUAGAGGUCUUGUACUUACGUAACGUGUCAGCGGAGGAUGCAGGUGAAUACACCUGCCUGGCUGGCAACUCCAUUGGCCUUUCCUACCAAUCAGCCUGGCUCACAGUGCUUCCCGAGGAGGAGCUGGCGUGGGAAGCUGCCGCAUCCGAGGUUAAGGUCACAGACAUCAUCAUGUACACACUGGGCUCGUUGACUGUAGUUGUGAUCCUGCUCAUUGCCGGGCUGUGCCGGGGGCAGACACUGUCCAGCCGCUCGUCCCACCAGCCCCUCGCUGUGCAGAAACUCUCACGCUUCCCCCUUAUCAGACAGUUCUCCCUGGAGUCAGGCUCAUCAGGGAAGCUGAGUUCUUCCCUCGUUCGGGGUGGCCGCCUGUCUUCCAGCUGUACCCCUAUGCUCCCCGGCCUUGUGGAGUUGGACCUGCCUCUUGAUGCCAAGUGGGAGUUUCCCCGGGACAGGCUGGUGCUAGGGAAGCCCCUCGGUGAGGGGUGUUUUGGGCAGGUGGUACGGGCAGAGGCCUAUAGCAUGGACCCUCAGCAACUAGACGGGGCCACCACGGUGGCCAUCAAAAUGCUCAAAGACAAUGCCUCUGACAAAGACCUGGCAGACCUGAUCUCUGAGAUGGAAAUGAUGAAGCUCAUUGGCCGGCACAAGAAUAUUAUCAAUCUGCUGGGUGUCUGCACCCAGGAAGGGCCCUUGUACGUGAUCGUAGAAUUUGCUGCCAAAGGCAACCUCCGAGAAUACCUUCGGGCACGAAGACCACCUAGUCCUGACUAUGCCUUGGAUGCCCCCAGGACCCCCGACGAACAGCUGUCUUUCCAGGCCCUGGUCUCUUGUGCCUACCAAGUGGCCCGGGGCAUGGAAUAUCUGGAGUCUCGGAAGUGCAUACACAGGGAUCUGGCUGCCCGAAACGUGCUGGUUACAGAGGACAGUGUGAUGAAGAUCGCGGACUUUGGCCUGGCCCGAGGUGUCCAUGACAUUGACUACUACAAGAAGACCAGCAACGGCCGCCUACCUGUCAAGUGGAUGGCACCAGAAGCCCUGUUCGACCGAGUCUACACUCACCAGAGUGACGUGUGGUCCUUUGGGAUCCUGCUGUGGGAGAUCUUUACCCUGGGUGGCUCCCCAUACCCUGGCAUCCCCGUAGAAGAGCUCUUCUCCCUGCUGAGAGAAGGACACCGUAUGGACCGGCCUUCCCACUGCCCCCCAGAGCUGUACAUGCUGAUGCGAGAGUGCUGGCACGCAAUACCCUCCCAGAGACCCACCUUCAAGCAACUGGUUGAGGCCCUGAACAAGAUCUUGACAGCCAUCUCUGAGGAGUACCUGGACCUCUCGAUGCCCUUUGAGCAGUACUCCCCAGCGGGCGAGGACACCAGCAGCACUUGCUCUUCCAAUGACUCUGUUUUCACCCAUGAGCCCCUGGCUCCAGGGAGUCUGGGCCCAAGCCCCUUCACUUACCACAGUGUAAGGACAUGAGGUGAACCAAACCAGCUGUGAACCGAGACGGCAGUGAUAUGAAUGAAUGAAUACCCUGCUCUUGGGCUCUGUUUCUGAUCUCAAGAACUUGACUCUGCCUUAGGACUUUCUCUCUGGUCCCUGCUCAUCCCCUAAGAAGGGGAAGACUAGGCCUGACCUUGGAUGGCUGCCUAUUCAAUACAGUUGUGCCUUGAUUUUUUUUUUGUUUUUAAACCAGAGCCCAGUAUCACUAAGGAACAGACACAGGUCCUUUCCACCUGAAGUUGUCCCUGGAAGGACCCAACCCUGCCUAAAGCCUUUCCUGCCCUCCCCUCCCCUCUUCUCCCUUCUCCCUCCCUUCCUUUCCCCUUCCCUUGACCCCAGGGAAUGUUGAUGUACAUAAUGUGUCUAUGCAUAUAUAUAUAUGACCUUUGAUAAAUUAUUUUUUGGAAUACA